AUGUUAUGGAUCAGAUUCGACUAGUUGAUCUAAAACUUGGUAAGCAUCGAAAAUUACUCAACUUCUUGAAGUUUUCUGUAAAUACCCCGGUAGUUUUUCCGAGGAAAAUUACAAUAAAAUUAUAAUAAGAAUAAGAAAAUUAUAGUAAUAUAAAUUUUUUUAGCGAGGAAAAUUAUAAUCAAAUUUUUGUUUUUUUCCCUUUUCCUUUAUUGGCGCGAAAACCUAUGCCUUUAUAUCCUGUCUAUCCAAAUGUUGUUUUUUCCCUUGAUUUCUCCUAUACGAUUUAUUGCAAUCAUUUCUUAGAGUAAAAUUGAUCUACCCGUUCUUUCCGUAGAAUACUAGGCAAUUCAAGAGAGGAAAAAAAGAUUUUGGCAUAAAAAAUCAAAGGGGUUGGGUUGGGGAAAAUUUUCUAAGAUUCUAAAAUCAGUACCUUUCUUUUAUUUUUAUUUAUAUAUUUUUUUUCAUUUCAUUUUAAUUUUCUCUUAUUGAAUUGAAUUCAUUGUUCAUUUUGUAUGUACGGUCUGUGAAUAUGUAAAUUAUUUUAAUUUUUACCCCAGACGAGAUUAAAAUACAAAUCGAAACGAUGUCAGUGUGCUUCUUACAAAGAUCGGAAACUCACUCAGUUGGCACGAGAUUUGAUAGAUCCGUCAUUGCACCUAUCUACGACGACCAACAAGGAGAAACACAGAAGGAAAUCCCUCGGAUUCCUCAACGGUGACCCAAAUUUGGAAAUAUCUUCUGCGGAUUAAAAGGCCUAUUUUGCAACUUCUUGAGUAUUUAAAGGGCGUACUAGGAUUAGAAGUCAAAGACUACAGGGAGGGAAGUUUGGUGAUAUCAGUGACCUGCAGCUCACUUCAGGCUCUUGAAAGACUUUGGGUUGACUACUGCAGUGGUCAUCUCAGUCAAGUAGUGCAACAAUUACUCGUCACGCCUGAAGUAUUGAAGGAGCUUGGAUUAAGUCGUUUGCAACUGAGAACCACGAUUACCAAGGAGGAGUACAUAAGAUACAAAGAAAUUUUUCUGCAUGCAGAUCAGGUAAUUUCAAUCGAGUGGUAA